AUGAAGGUCAAUCUCUUCAUCUUAUUAAUCGGUUGGGCUACCAGUGCUUUGGCAAGCUAUAAUUACACAUUAUCAAAAGCUGAAUUCAAUUUACAAUGCUUUCCUGUGUAUCCGAAUGAUCAAAUUCAUAUCAAUUUCCUCAAUUUCACAACAAAACCAGAGUUUGAAGACAAGAAGAUUUCUUUACCAUUCAUAUUUUAUAGAAAAAAGGAUAUAAACAUUGAUAAAGUUUUCGCUGGUGAGACCAAUAUUCAUCAUAUUUGUGAUCAACCAGCUAUUGAGCGUGGGUAUUGUUCUGAAAAGCAUUUAGGUAAGAUCUUGUAUGAAUAUAAAGAUCCUGAAGCUUCACAAGGUGAAUUAUUUAGUACAAUCUUGACAAAUUUUGGUGAACUGAAAAAUAUACGUGAAAUUAAAGAAGCUGGUUAUUAUUGUGGGAAUACUAAAAGUUUUAAAGCUGAAAAUUAUAAAGUUGUUAUAACUGUUGAUGAUGGGUAUAAAACAACUUUAGGCUCAAGACAAUCAUAUAAAGUUGGUCUUGUGAAACUAACGGUAUCACUGAUUAAUGCCUUAACGUUUAUUAAUACUUGGAAUAAAUGGAGUCAAUCCAAUGGAAGCCAUACACCAUAUUUAAUCAAGUUAUUACAAAUAUACUUGGUGCUAAUUACAUUUAACAAGUUAUUUGUUAUAUUACCUAACAUUACAGUGCUUUGGGAUAUUGAUUUCAGAUUAGAGCAUAAAGAUUGGUGGAAUGUUUUUGAUUUUCUCUCUGAGUUUGCACAGAAAGUUUCAUUUAGAGGAUGUUUGUUUUAUCUAUAUCAAUAUAGUGGGAAUUUUUCAUUUGAUAAGAUUGAAGAAUUAGAAAGUGUUAAAGUUCAUUUAUUUUUCUUUAUAAUUGAUAUUGUGUCAAUUGUUUUAGAUGUUUUUUACCUAUCAGAUGUUUUUGAAGGAGCUAUUCAUACAUCAUUUUUAAUCUUGACUUUUAUAAUUUUCAUUUUUAAUCAAAUUUUUUAUGUGAAAAGUUUCCUUAGAUAUAAAAAAUCUGUUAAAGAAUUUAAAGAUUUUAACAAAACUGAUGAUCCAAAAUUAAGUCAAUUUAAAUGGUUAAUCCUUUCAAGAUUCUUUAUGGGUUACUCUGAAGCUAUUAUAGGAAUACUCGGUGUUAUUGUUGUUCUUAUUUCACGAGUAUUAUUGACUACCUCUCUUGUACUAGAAAUCUUCUUUUUGGAUGGUGAAGAAUUUAUCUAUGGAACUUAUAUGGAUAUACCAAUUGAUAUUUUCUUAUUUUUUAUAGAGUUCUAUGUGUUUAAUGUUAUUUUGACCCCAAAGAACUAUGAAAAGGUUAUUAAUUAUAAAAAGAAUCUUGAUUGA